GUUGAGCAAUGAGGAGUUCAAGGGAGCCACUGUGGGGAAAGCAUAUAAACGCACAGUUUGCAGCUUUGAGUACUCCUGCGGAAUCGCUCAAUUUCACAGCGAGAAACCUUUAGUUUCGGCGUCCACCAUUGCUCACGAAAUGGGUCACGUGAUGGGCAUGGAUCACGACCAGAUUCUGGAUGGGCGUGGUGAGAACUGUGAUUGUGACGACAACACCUGCAUAAUGAGUGCAGUCUCAACUGGUUCGGCGCCAUUCGUUAGAUGGUCGCGAUGCUCCGAGAAGCAACUGCGUGAUAACUACGCCAGGGAGCAGGACGCGUGUCUGCGGGAGCGCCCCGACAGUCUAUACAUGUCUCCAGUAUGCGGCAAUGGCUUCCUCGAAGAAGGAGAGAAAUGUGACUGCGGCAUUGUAGAGCUGUGUACGAACCCGUGCUGCAAUGCUACGACAUGCCAGCUUCAGCCGCAUGCUGAAUGUGGUGCCGGGUCGUGCUGUGAUCUACAUACGUGCCAGCUGAGGCCCGCAUCUGUCGUUUGUAGACCAGCUCGACGUAGCUGUGAUCUGGCCGAGUAUUGCACGGGCAGUUCGGAGCUUUGGGAGCUGUGUGUGAACGCGGGUGAGGCGUACUGCUACGAGGGUGAGUGUUACUCACACCAGAGCCAGUGUCGCCGACUGUGGGGUGAAUCGCAUCACAAUGGUGACGUCGAAUGCUACGAUAGGAACGUUAAUGGUGCAGAGAGCGGAAACUGCGGGCAGGACCGAAUACUCAACGAGUUUACCGCGUGCAGCGACGAUGACAAGAUGUGCGGAGUACUGUUCUGUACGGAGCACGGGCAUUCGUUGUCAGACUCGCUUCCAGAAACGCUGGUAGGAUUCCCGAGCCUCGUGCGCAAGAGCCGAAUACAGAUGGGCGCUCAGAGAACCACAUGUCUCUGGGCCAACAUCGAUUUUGGACUUAUCGUUCGAAACUAUGGACACGUUCCGAAUGGAGCGAAAUGUGGCGAAGAUAAAAUGUGCGUCAACCAUAAAUGGCGUCUCAGUGGCCAGGUGUUACAGAGUGAGAGAACCGAGCAGUUAAGUCCCCGUGCGCGGAGGGAUGGCGCACGGCAAUGGGUUGAGUUCCUCCAGUUAUUGUGCUUCCUGUUACGGCAGGAGGGAUUAGUGUUUGACACCGAGGCGUUAAUGUUGGUAUGCAACAACGUCGGGAACUGUCACUGCUUUGACGGCUAUGCGCCUCCGUACUGUCAGAAACCAGGUGCCGGAGGCAGCCCCGACAGUGGACCAGCGUUAGAUGACAAAGGUUCCUUGACGGUGCUCAUAGCAUUCCUCGUGCUAUUUCUAGUCGUUAUUCCAGCCAUUCUCAUUUCAAUGGCCAUAUACUACAUCAAGUUCGGAUUACCAUCAUGGAUACCGUUGCUAGGGAAGGGCUCGGCUCUAGGCCGAAACCAGCCGAAUAUCAAACCCGAGGAAACCCGAAAAUCGAGUUCGUGGAGAAAUAAGAUGCCAAAGUUCGGAAACAUACGGGACACAUCGUCACCACAAGUGCCUUCACAACAGCAGGUGGAAACACCAGCGAGACCUCUACCACAUACACCUUCGCCACGUCAGGUAUAUAAAUGCUUGCCACGGGGCGCGUAA